GUGAACAACAGGCACAACUCCGAUAUAAAAUCGUUGUUUUUUUGUUGCCGAAAUGCCACGUGCGUCGACUUCUAUCAAUACAUUUGUAACAAAAUAACCAUUACGAAACUUCUAUUCGAUCAAUUAAGCCUCACGUAGCAAAUGCUAUAUUAAUUAUUUUGUUCUAGCAAAUUCAACACACUCAUUGACCUCCAUACAAAAAUGUCUCACUUCAUGGUGUUAUUUUCGUCGACAGAUUUUGGGCAGAGUAAACCCUCUCGCUUAGCCUCUUCCUCUCUGUUACAAUGUUGCAAGAAAUAACAGUUGAACACGGCCAGGCAGAGCCGCGCCCUCUAUCGGAUAUAUGGUUUGUAAAACAGAACAAAUAUGGCGUCCGACAGCUCGAGAACUGCAAUUCGAUUCGAUCUUUAAGAAUAUGACCACCAUGGACACAAAACAGAUCACUCAUCAUACUCUCCAAAUUGACAAAUUUAACAGGGCGGGUAACUAUGGCAACAUUAUGCCUCUCCUGACCGCCCUUGAUAAUGUCUGUGUGACUUGUGAGCAGCUGCAAGGCACAGACAUCGUCAGGGUUCUUUACAGACUCCUCAAAACCUGCUUAGACCAUUCAGUGAAAAGAACAGUCAAGCACCUGUUGUCAAAAUGGAAGAAACUCUACAGUCACCCCUAUCACAUCUCAAAGGAGAAGGGAAGUGGAGAAGAAUUCACUGUCGUUGGAGACAGUAUACUGGCUGACAUAACUUGUCUGGCAGACAGAGGUGGCCUAGCUGCUGGUGAUGCUACUAAACCAGUGGAGUUGGGUGCGUCUUGUGAACAUGUGGUUUUCCAUACUGGGUUCGAGGACAGAACACUCCCAAAUGGGACCAAGUGCGGGAGAGCUAAGGGAGAAGGGGUGUCAUCGUGGCAGGCAGCUGGUGAUUCGUCUUCGGGGUCAAUUUUGCCCACCCUCUCAAAGCAGUCAGAAUCUCCUGCCACCACUUCCCUGGGUACCCCUCCUCCCUGUAAGGAUUCCUCUGAGUCAGCUUUGAGGACAAAGUGCUUCCAGCUUCUCCUUGGUGCCCUCGAUCCAGAAACUUCCAAGGAGGCAGAGGGGAAGACUGCAGAUCUGGCCCGGGUCAUAGAGGUGCACAUCCACACUCUGCACCGUACAAACCAGGCCAAAUACAAGGCAUGCAUCAGGAGUAAGGUGGCCAACCUAAGGAACCCCAAAAACAGCCACCUUCGGUGUGGUCUCCUGGGCGGCAGCCUGGGGCCGGAAGUCUUCGCCGGGAUGUCUGUGGAGGAGAUGGCCAACGAGGAGCUCCAGCGGCUGAGGGAGGAGUACUCGUCGCGGGGGGUGAGCGAGAGGCAGCUCCCCCAGGGGGUGGAGGGGACGCCCACUCAGAAGCUGCGGUGCAGGCGGUGCGAGGGGUCGGACUGCAGGGUGACGCAAGUGUCCCGGGGCACGCUGUUUCUGCCGGCGUGGGUCCGCCAGGCCACCGCAGACCAGGAUGCCAUGACCUUUGUGACCUGUAGCAGGUGUGGGGAGCAGUGGUACCACAGCAGCUGGGUCUGCCUCUGAAAGGCCAUCCACACCACAUGUUAAAAAAUGCCUGCUUUGUUUUUGUUGAGAUCCUGCUGAUAUGUCUUCACCCUAUCAAAAUGACUAAUGUCAUGUUUUAAUGACAGAAAUUAAGAAUUACAUUUAACAUUUUAUCACAUGGUUAUGCUGUAUGCAUUACAUUGUCAUUAAACUUGCUUCGCUACAUACUGUAAUACAAA